AUGAACUCCAGCGCCGUCAACAACAACAUUAUGAACUUGGUUCAAGAUGAUUUUAAAGAUAUGAAUGUCGAAUUCUCUGAAAGAUUUGAUGUAGAUUGUGAAUACAUCAGCAUUGCUGAAGCUCGCAGCGCUGCCGCGGAUUUUGUAUUGCGCUUGAAUGGCACAGACAACAUCUUGAAGAAAGAUAUUUACAAUAUAAAAGCACAGACACUAGUGUGCAAUCACAGAAAAAGAAGAUUACGACUAAAAGGACAAAAGAAUGCUGCACAGCACUGCUUGGACAAUGGCAAUCAUGUCAUCUGUCGAACUUCAGAGUGUCCAGAAAGAAAGCCAAGCAGUUUCCCGCCUGCCAUUUACCAGUUGAAAUAUUGCAAACUGUGUCCAGUUGCUAAUGGUCAAGAUAUUGUCUGGCAAAGGGAUAUCAAUGCAGCCAUUAACAUUCGUUCAAUGCUGGUUUCAUGUAUUGAAUCAGGCUACAAGAUUUUAUCAACGUAUCUCUCGUUGACAAGAGAAGGAGCCUCUGGUGGUGAGGGCGCCACCGUGCAGUCACUUUGGUUGAUUUUGAUCGUCGAAAAUCGUGCCGUUGCAUUAUCAUGGACUAGUGUGCCAAGAACCACCUUAUUUUGGAAAACAUAG